AUGCUUGCCAACUCUUUCGUCACCAUAUUGGUCACAAUUGGCGGGCAAACGAUCCUCACCAUUGUCUAUUUGUUUUUCUAUGCCAACGUUAUCAUGCUUCUGCAAGUAGUGUUGAUUCUCAAUCAAUAUUUACUUCUCUAUUUUGUACUCAGCUUGCUUUCGGCGCUAUUUCUUCGAAAACGAUUGGAAAAACCACGAAGAGGGAAAACGAUUACCGUGGCCACAAUCGGGUCGACAACACAGACAAAUUUAUGUCAA